CCAAAAGCCCUCCCACUUUAAUUUGCACCCUCCCCAAAUCUCCCCAUCUGGCCAUCUCCACCACCAUUGCCCUCGCCCCUCCGGCCCUCUCUCUCUCUCUCUCUCCUCUCUCACUCCUCCCUCCCUCUCGAUCUCUCUCUCUCUCUCUCUCAUCCAUGAGGAUCAGGCGGAGGCCGCAGCCCUCCCCGCAGCUGGGCUCAGAUCCGACCACAUCCACCUCGCCGCAGACGCCGCAGAAUGCGGCGAGGAGCCGAGGGUGGCUCGACCCCGGCGGUGGCGGGGAUCGCGAGGCGGGUAAGCUGCUGCAUGCGGGCGCGGAUCUCGCGCACAAAUCUGGGGUGGCCAGGCGCCUGGCAUUGCCGCAGGAGGACAAUGUGGUGGUGGAUUGCGGCAGGAGCAUGGGUGCACAACAUGAACUUGGAGCUGAUGAUGGUGGUGGCCACAGGAGAUUCAGUGCAGUGAGUAAUGGCCAUCACAGUUUGGACUGGAAGGACGGCGUGGCAUGCGUCGGCGGCGUCGGUGGUAAGUCGGAGUCGGCGGCGGCGAAGGUGGAGGAACGCGUGACGAGCAACGGAGGCGCGCUGCAACUAGUGGUGGUGCCGGCAGCAGUGGCGGCCGUGGCCGUGAAGGACGAGGGGAAGGCCGGCAGCAAUGGCAGCAGCGGCGGCGGGGCCAAGAAGCGGCGCGGCCCAGCGGUGCUGCUGGAGGGUUCGCGGUGCAGCCGCGUGAACGGGCGCGGGUGGCGGUGCAGCCAGCCGACGCUGGUGGGGUACUCGCUCUGCGAGCACCACCUCGGCAAGGGCCGGAUGAGGAGCGCGGCCACAGCCGCGGCGGCGGCGCGGGGCCGGCUCGGCCGCACCGAGCACGUCGCCAGGACGAUCCCCGCCGCGGUCACCGUCGCGGCGGCGCCGCCGCCCAAGGCCGAGGCGCCGAGCCUGCCGCCCUGCUAGGGGCGAUGGAGGAUCGGAGAUGGAAUUCUUUCGUUUUGCCUGGGGUGCAUUUCUGUGGUGGUCGUCGGCGAUACGAAAUCGUCGCUGCGAUUUUUUGGUGGGACUUUGAAUGUCGGCGGCAUGGAGCAGGAGCAGGUGCCGGCACAGUGAAGCAAUUCGGCGUUCAUGGCCGGUCUCUGCCGCGCUGUGCGGCCAGAAUUAUUGCGGCUACGCAAGUGUCGUGCAGCUGUGUGAUCCGGUGCAACUUUGGUCACGAAACCGCAUGAAAAUGUAGAGAAAUGAACAACUUGGGGAAUCGAUCAAUAAUGCCACGGACCACGUACACGCCUUUCUUUC